CAUUAGGAGAGAGAUCACGUUGCUGUUUAAAUCACAUGCAGUCUUUGACUGUUUAUUUUGUUUCCAAAUUGUUCAUGUUAAUUUGAUAUAGUUUCAAAGUUGAGAGGACUAGCAGUAUAGUCAUGUUAAAAUGUUAAUCAUGUUAAUUAAUUUGAUGAUAGUUGAUGGUGGUUGGUCCUCAUGGGGGAGGUGCUGUUUCACUUGUGGUGGUCAAAUCUCUGUUACAAUAACUAUUAUUAUAUACCAUUUGCAAAACUGGCAAGAUGUCAGUAAUGUUAAUCAUUUCAACAUGUUAAUAAUGUUAAUUGAUUUCUAAAAUGAUGAUAGUUGGUGGUGGUUGGUCCUCAUGGGGGACAUGCAGUGUAACUUGCGGUGGUGGAUUGUAGAGGACCACAUGAUGUGGAAGGGAUUGUCAAGGACCUACUCUCAUGUUGCAACAUGUAUAACUGUCCCAGGGAGAGUAAGAAGUCAGUGUUUUAUACCUCCCAUCCACAAAAACUAAAAAUGGAAAAUUUUAAGCUUUACAAAAAAAUGAAAUGAGAAACUAAAACUUAUCAAAAUUCUUGUAACAAUUAACACUUUCCUUCUGGUGUUAUUAUACAUCCUCUUGUUCUUUAUUUAUGGUAAAUAACAAGUGUGCUUUGCCAGUAGCUACUUGCAGUCUUUUACUGUUUGUGUUUCCCAAUUUAUUCCUUACCUUACUUUAUUUCAUGUGGUUCCAAAGUUGAAAGGACUAGCAGUAUAGUCAUGUUAAAAUAUUAAUCAUGUUAAUUAAUUUGAUGAUAGUUGAUGGUGGUUGGUCCUCAUGGGGGAGGUGCUGUUUAACUUGUGGUGGUCAAAUCCCUGUUACAAUAACUAUUAUGAAGAUGUUAUACACUGCAAUGUAGGGUUUGGUUCUUUAGGAGUCUGCAUUGAUUUACAUCUUGGAGUGGGAAGUGGAACAAUUCAAGAUGGUCACAUGACUGCUUCUUCUGUACGUAAUGCCAGCACACCAGCCAAGAAUGGUCGACUCAACUACACAUCAGGAUCAUCAUGGUGUGCAGGAACCAGUGACACCAACCCAUAUCUGCAGAUUGAUCUACAGACACUUCAUGUCAUCUGUGCUGUUUCAACUCAAGGGAAUUCUCAAGCAGAUCAGUGGGUGAAGAAUUAUACACUGCAAUUAUCCACAAAUGGGACAACUUGGACAGAAUACAAGGAAGGUGGAAAAGCUAAGAUUUUAAAAGGAAACAACGACAGGAACUCAGAAGUGAAGCAUGUUGUUUAUGGAGUGUUGACAAGAUAUCUGCGUUUUCUGCCAAAAACACAAGAGGGUGGGGUGUGUAUGAGAACAGAGAUGUUUGGAGUAGAAAAAAAAGCUUGUUAUUUUACGGCCAUUGGUUUGCAUUAUGGUGGUAAAAUUCCAGACAGUAGCUUCACAGCCUCCUCAAUGUAUGAUUUUCGUUAUGAAGCUGAAAAUGGUCGACUGAAUAACAAUAUGGGAAGGGGAUGGGGACCAACAGUAAGAAACGAUCCUGGCGAUUACCUACAAAUUGACCUGCUGUGCGAGUAUGUCAUCUGUGCAGUGGCUACUCAGGGAAGUCCACGCACAUCAGAAUGGACAACAAAGUACAAAAUACAAUUAUCUCAUGAUGGUGUCACUUUUAUCACCUACCAAGAAAACAAUAGAGCAAAGGCCUUUCGUGGAAAUUCAAACAGCAACGCCAUUAAAAAGAACAGUCUUGAUGAAUUUGCAAGUGCAAGGUUCAUCCAGUUUGUGCCAACAGCGUAUCAUAAUUGGAAAGUUCUGAGAGUGGAAGUAUAUGGAGUUUGUAAGUAUCUUCAAACUUUACCUAAUACUCAAUGAGAAUUUAUGAUCUUGUUCCUUUUUAUGGGGAUAAUACAAGUAUGAUAAUUUAAUUAGGGUCAAAUGCCUUCUCUGAUUUCAUAUUGUUUUAAUGCCUUUUAUCAAACUCAGUGUGACAGUCCUUUAUAACAAAAUCUAGGCUUUGACUGAGUUUUAACUUUCAAGGUGAUUCUUUUCUUCUAUUAUAAUACUUUGAGUCUUCUAACUUUUAUAAGAUUUUUAUCAGGGAAUCUGCUAAUUAACCAUUUUGUAUAACAAUGAAUAUAAUUUACAUUUGAAGGGGAUUUAUUUUCUCCUAUUAAAGAAUUUAACAUUUUUACUUUCCAUGUAGGUUUUGUGAAACCAAUCAGAUUGUAAUUAUCUUCAUACUAUAACUAAUACUAAAUGAGAAUGUGGCUUAUAAGGAUACACAAGUAUGAUGAUUCAAGGUCUAAUGCUUCCAAUGAUUUUCAUAAUUUUUUUAUGCUUCUAUCAAACUCUGCAGAAGGGUCCUUUUAUUGGGCAAUUUAAGCUUUGACCUCAUUAUAACUUCAAAGAUGAUUCCUUCCUUCUAUUAAUAUCUUGAGUCUUUUUACUUGAAUCAAAAUUUUUAUCAGGGAAUCUGCUAACCAUUCUGUAUAACAAUGAAUAAAAUCAACUUUUAGAGGGAUUUUUCCUUGUACUAAUACAUUAAAUAUUUUUACUUUUCAUGUGGGCUUUGUGGAACCAAUCAGGUCCUAAGAAUCUACAUACUUUACCUAAUACUUAAUGAGAAUGUGGCCUUUUCUUUUUAUGAGGAUAUAUAAAUAUGAUAAUUCAGGGUCAAAUGCUUACUCUGAUUUUCACAUUUUUGUAAUGCCUUUUAUCAAACUCAGCAGGUGAGUCCUUUCAUUAGGAAAUCUAGGCUUUGACUGAAUUAUUUCCAUUUUACAGUUCCAGGCACCAUAUUGGAUUUGUAACCACGCAGACAUGAUCGCGAGGCUAGUGUUGAGUGCAUGGUUACUAAAACAAGGAAUGACCUGCAAUACAUACAUACAUACAUACAUACUUUAUUUAUUCCAGAAGCAGACUAUGUAUACACUAAGAGGAAAGGGAAAAUAUGCUUCCAGAAAAGGAAGUUAAGAGGUUAUCCCUAUGUGAAAACUCCCUAAAAAAUAAGUCUAAAUGAAAAUAAAAUACUUAGUUAUAAUUAAAUAUUUAAGUACAAUUUAAGCUGAGAUUUAAAAUGCUGAAGAUUAUCAGCUUCCACUGUUUCUUGGUAAUUCAUCCAUAAUUUAACAAUCCUAAUGAAAAACGAAUGUUUAUAACAAUAAUUAAGUCUUGCUGGUUUGAUGUAAAGUUUGUACUGAUGAUUUGCUCUCGUACAUCUAGUUAUGACGAAAUCAAAAAAGUUUCCAAAAUCUAAAUGGUAAAAACCAAAAAUAAUUUUACAACACUCAACUAAAGAUAGAUAAGUUCUACAGUCGGAAAGAGUAGGCCAUUUUAGCAAUUUGCAUCGGUCUUCGUAGGACAUGUCUCCUUUGCGUUGAUUUAAAGCAAGUCUUGAAGCUCUUCGCUGUACAUUCUCAAGAGCAUGGAUGUCCUUGACGAGGUAAGGACACCAGACAGGUACCACAUAUUCCACAAUUACAGUGAUCUACAACGACCUACAAAGAGCUACAAUGACCUACAAUGAGCUACAAUGGGUUACCACGGGAACAAGGAAUGACCUAAAAUGAUUUACAACGACCUACAAUGAGCUACAAUAAGCUACAAUAAGCUACAAUAAGCUACAAUGAGCUAUUAUGAGUGUUACGAAAAAUUGUGGUGACUUGCGUGACUUUACGCGUGGGUUUGUCAUUUGGCGGAAAAGUUUAAAUAAAGAUACCUAAUGAAUAAACUUACCACGAUUAUUCCUUUCAUUCAUUCAUUCAUUCAUUCAUUCAUUCAUUUUUAUUCGCACUAUUUCGAGAGGUUACAGUAGAGAUUGCUAUAGAUUACAAAAGUCAGAACAUAUAAGAACAGCUUAUGAUCUGUUCCGCACAAGAUAUUUACACAAGGUGACAGCAACUUAAGAUGACACAAUGGGUAAAAAGAGUGAAUGGUGCUAAAGACGACUGACGUAGCCUCAUGAUAGUGUGAUGACCUUUUUGUUUUGCUGUCUAAAAAUAUCAAUGAGUUAAAGGUGUUAACAGGCCAAAUACCUCUCAUAGUCUCGUGGCGCUGUGAUACGUUACGGUAGUUUGGAAAAUAGAGAAUUUCAGAAUUCGGAACCAGAACCGGAAUACUCGGAAUACCCAGAAUUCCCAGAAUGACCGAAAAAUAUCAAAUUAAAAAAAAAGAA